AUGUGCGAAGAAAUUGAAAGUAUUAUCCAUAGCGUUAUCACCAAGUUCAGUGUUAAAGAAUUAAAAAAAGAACAGCGUCAGAUAUUAGAUUGUCUGCUUAGAGGUGAAGAUUGCGUAGGAGUUUUGCCUACUGGGUACGGAAAGUCGCUACCAUAUCAGAUAUUUCCACCUGUGUAUCAGCAGCUACGGGACGAGAAAGUGGUGGUUUUGGUAUGCUGUCCCCUCAUUGCUCUUAUGGAGGAUCAGGUUCAGCGGAUACAGAAGACUCAAUUUGUGUCCGCUGAAUAUAUAGGUAGCAGUUCUGACUUUGAUCUGAAAGCGCACAACAUUGACGUGGUAUUUGCAUCGCCAGAACUCUUAGUUGGAAGCAAAACAUGCAGAGAGGCUAUUCAAUCUUUGAAUAUCAAAGUCAUAGUCAUAGAUGAAUUUCACACCAUUGCUACAUG